AUGAAUAAAGAAACGUUUUAUACAAUUAUUAAACAAAUUAGAAAUGAAAAUCAAAUUUAUAAAUUGAUUUUUGGAAAAGACAUUUGUUUUAAAGAAAUUAAAGAGAAAUGUUCUUCUCUAAUUCAAGAAGAAGGAUGUAGAAAUAAAGGAAAUUCUGAUUCAAGACAUUUAUUAUAUAGAUGUAAGACAUGUGAAAAAACUCCAUCAAGUUGUAUAUGUUGUCAAUGUUUUGAUGAAACAAAACAUCAAGGACAUAUUUAUUAUUCAUAUUUAUCUAUGUCUCAAUAUACAUGUGAUUGUGGGAAUGAACAAUAUUGGAAAAAAGAAGGAUUUUGUAAUAAACAUCAACAUAAAUUUAAUGGAAAUAUUAAAGAAAUAAUUCCAAAAGAAAUAAAUUAUUGUUUAAAAUCACUUGCUAUAUUAUUUCAAUAUUCAAUUUCAUUCUUAAUGGAAAAAGAUAAUAAUGGAGAACUAAAUAUGAUAUUUAAAGUGUUAUGUCAAAUUGAUAAUAUUCCUUAUUUUCAUAAAUUAUUUAUUUCAUUAUUAAAUGAAAAAUAUUUAUUUCCAUCAGACUCCUUACUUUAUAAUAAAUAUAACUAUCAUUCUUUAACUUUAUUUCAAAGAUAUUUUGAAUUAUCUUUUGUUCAUCAACAUCUUCCUGAUUCUAUUCUUACUUUUCUUAUUUCAUUUCUUACUAAUAUAUCUGAAAUGAAGUUUGAUUAUACUUCAAUUUAUGACUUAGCUCUUGCAUCAGUUUAUUUUGAUUAUUCACCAAAUAAUGGAUUAGAAUCUAUAUUUUCAGGUUUCAUUUAUGACAAAUCAAUUGCUGAAUAUUCUCUUUUUAAAUCAGGAAGAUUUAUUCAAAUGAUAGACAUCUUUAUUAAUACAAUUAAAAUUUAUUCUUCUGGUAUAAUUCAUGACAAUGUUUUAAAAAAUGUUGAAUCAUUACUUGAUUAUAUUAAUGGAUUAAUAAAUAAUGGAAUUAAAUAUCAAUGUUCAUUAGAAGAAUUCUCUAAAGUAUUAGAACUUAUUUGUUGUUGUUCACAUCUUUUUCCAUUUUAUAUAAAAACAGGAGAACAUGAUGAAACUGAUCCAGAUCAUUUUGAAUAUGCUUUUCUUCUUUUAUACUCAACAUUAUUAUGUUUUAGUUUAAUAGAUGUUUUUGAUGUUGAUGACUUUUAUAAUAACCAUUUUAAUUUCAUUCAUCAAACACUUAUGAAUCAUGUUAAAACAUAUUUAAAUAAUGUUCCUCUUAUUAAUAUUAAUGGUAUUAAAAUUCAUUUAAGAAAAGUUGGAAUUAAUCAACAAGUAUCACCAUUAUCAGGAAUUAAUUAUUUCUAUUUAUUAAUUCUUCAAAAAUUAAUUAAUAAAAACCAAUUAGAUAAAAUUUCAAUUUCUAAUGAAGAUGCAAUAUUAUUAUGUGAAACAUCAUUUAUUUCAUUACAAUUUAUUCAUCAAUUUUCAAGUAAUGUUUAUGUAAGAAAUAAUAUUGAUGUUGAAUAUCAUUAUACAUUUUAUAUUAAUCUUUUUUUACCUCAUAUGUUAAAUGGAGACUUAAACAUUUCUAAAUUAAUGUUAAAAUAUAUUACAAUAGAUCAAUUCAUUUAUACAUUAUUAGUUAUAUUUAAUGUAAUAGAAUUAGAACCAACAAAUGAAAUUAUUGAUUUAAAUAAUUCUCAUUUUAAUACAAAUAAUUUUGGUAUAUUAUUAAGUGUUUUAAUUCAAAUGAAUAGAACUCCAUUAAUUAAAAAAGUAUUUAAUGAUGAAUCUUUCAUUAAAAAUAUUAUAGCACAUAUAAUAAUGACAGGAGAAUCCCAUCCAACAAACAUAUCUGAACUUAUUCCUUUUUGUGAAUUAAAUAUUAAUCAAUUAUGUGAUGAAUUAAUGAUUAAAAAAGGUGUUUUAAAAGAAGAAUGGUUAAAUAGAAUAAAUCCAUUAUAUCCUUUCUUACAACCUGAACUUCAAGAACAAUUAAAAAUAAAUACAUUAUUUGGUGAUAAAUCAUUAAAAAAUAACAGAUAUUAUUUUGAAGGAUUAAAUUGGAAUAAAGAUUUGUUUAAUUGUAUUACAUCAUCUCUUUUCUGGAAUAUCAUUAAAAAAGGAUUAUCUAAUGAAAAUAUGAUAUUUAUUCUUAUGUUAAUUACUGACAUUAAUUCUGAAAUACAAAAUAAUAUUUGUUCUACAGAAGAUAUUAAAAGUCUUGGUAUAUUUAAUGAAGAAAAUGUUACUUCAAUUACAGAAAUAUUAAAAAAUAAUUAUACUCAAAUUAAAGAUUUUGAAAUAUUUAUAAAAGGAAUAAAUAAUAUAAAUGUAAGAAAAUUAUUGAAAUUUGAGUCUUGUACAGUUAUUCCAUCACCUGUAAAAACUACUAAACUAACUAAAGCAGAUUUAUUGAAAAAGAAGGUAUUAAAAAAAAUGAAUGAAAAACAAACUACAUUUACACUAAAUGAACAUAUUAUUGAAGAAUCAUCAUUAGAAGAUCAAAAUGAAGAUUUUUGUGUUGUUUGUCAAUCAAUUAAACAAAGUCCAUUAGGAAGAUUUAUUUAUUAUGAUCCUGGAUUUGCUGUAUUAAUUCAAAGAAAAAAAGAAGGUGGAAAAAGUGAUUCAGAAACUGUAUUUACAACAUGUAAACACCACAUUCAUGAAGAAUGUUUUAUGGAAUUAAUUAAUCAAUAUACACAAUGUCCAAUAUGUAAAAGUAAAUUUGAAUUAUUUUUACCAUUAAGUAAUCAAAUUUCAAUUAUUAAUGAAAAUACAUUUAAUGAAAAAUAUAGUCUAAUUAAAAUUGCAUUUAAUAAUAAUAAGAAUAAAAUAUUUAAUGUCUUAAUGUCUUGUUUGAUUUCAACAUUAGAAUCAUUAGAAUUGGCUCAAUUUGAAAAAGUUGAUAUUCAUGAAGAUGAUUUUGAUAUUCUAAAAUCACUAUUUAUUGCAUUAAAAUCAUUAACAAUCAAUUUAAAAAGUUAUUUAGAUGAUUUCAUUAAAUAUUCUAACAUAAAUUCACCACUUUAUCUUUAUAUCAUUUUACGACUUUAUAACCAAGAUAUUCAACCAGCAUAUAUUCAACAAGUUAAUAAUGUUAUGAGUAUUAUUGCUAAAAUAAAACCAUCUUUAUUAUCUCAUAAACAAAUUAACUUCAUUAAACCUAGAUUAAAUAAUAUGAAUAUUAAUGGAUUAUCUGAUUGUCUUAGUUGUGAAGACGCUGUCAAUAAACUUUCUAUUUCAUUUGAAUAUUGUAUUCAUUUAAUAGAACCAAUAAUCAAAAAUAUUCCAAUGACUGAUGAAGUACCAUUUUUGAAAACAAUAAAUUAUAUUGACCAUGCAACUGGAAAUGAUCAAUAUACAUUUAUACCAACCAUUCCACGACACAUCCCAUUUAUUGAAUUACCAAAGACUUUUGAAGGAGUAUUAAAAAAGUAUUGUUAUAGUAAAUGUGAUAGUUGUGAUUCUUUUAUUUCAGACGUUCUUUUAUCAAGAGUAUGUCUUUAUUGUGGAAAAGUUAUUUGUACUAAAAGAAAAUGUUUAGAAUAUCAUUCACAUCAAUGUUCUUGUGGAUUUAAUGUUAUGUUAGACUUAUAUAGUGGUGCGUUUUGUUUAAACUAUCGUGGUAAGACAAUGGCAUUAUUGUAUAUGAAGAUGAAUAUGGAGAUUGUUUUGAUCCAAAAAAAUUACUCAUUCCAAAUCUUUUGUUAA